CAGGCUCCUCGGGCUAUAAGCAGUUUUUGUGUCUUGCUGUCACGCUCAGUCUGCCGAGGAUCGCCGACAGAGAGCCGCGGACACUCAGCGCACCAUGGACGUUCUGCUGCCCUCCAUGCUCGGGGACGAUCCGCACCUCAUGGCCGAGCCGUCCAUCCAGAUGUUCGAGCAGCCCAAGCCGAGGGGGAUGCGCUUCAGGUACAAGUGCGAGGGCCGUUCUGCCGGGAGCAUCCCCGGCGAGAGGAGCUCGGACAACAACCGGACGUACCCCAGCCUGCAGAUCCUGAAUUACUGCGGCAAGGGGAAGGUGCGCGUCUCCCUGGUGACGGUGAACGAGCCGUACCGCCCGCACCCGCACGACCUGGUGGGGAAGGACUGCAAGGACGGCUUCUACGAGUCCGAGUUCGGCCCCGACCGCAAAGUGAUAGCGUUCCAGAACCUGGGCAUCCAGUGCGUGAGGCGGAGGGAGGUGAAAGACGCCAUCGUGAAGAGGAUCACCAGAGGAAUCAACCCCUUCAACGUGCCACGAGAGGAGCUGCUGCAGACGGAGGAGUACAACCUGAACGUGGUUCGCCUCUGCAUCCAGGUCUUCCUGCAGGACGAGACCGGCCAGUACACCCGAGCUCUCAACCCCAUCGUCAGCAACCCCAUCUACGACAACAGAGCCCCAAAUACAGCAGAACUGAGGAUCUGCCGGGUCAACCGCAACAGCGGCAGUGUGAAGGGAGGGGAUGAGAUCUUUCUACUGUGCGACAAAGUACAAAAAGAUGACAUUGAGGUGCGAUUCUUUUCCGCCGAUGGCUGGGAGGCCAAAGGCUCCUUCUCACAGGCCGAUGUUCAUCGCCAGGUGGCCAUCGUCUUUAAGACCCCGCCCUACUACAACACCUCCAUCACAGAGUCGGUAACUGUGCAAAUGCAGCUACGCCGACCCUCCGAUCAGGAGGUCAGCCAACCGAUGGAUUUCAGAUACCUGCCUGAUGAUAAAGAUCCUUACGGCUACAAUGAGAAGAAGCGCAGAAGAGAACACUUGAUGAAGAUAUCAGGAUUAUCAGGUAAUCCUUUCUCUGGUUUGGCCAUGAAUAGGCAAAAGGUGGUGCCACAGAGUACCAUGAAUCACAUGCGGAAAGACAUGAGCAACAUCUAUCUGAGGCAGACCACCUCCGCCAUGCAGCAACCACCCAACAUAUUCAGCCAGCAUUACCAGACAACCCCUCAGAGUGUAAUGAUGGCCUCGCAGGCGUCCAAUUUACAAAUGAGCCAUCAGUGGGCGAAUCCGAACCCAGCACUCUCGAUGGACACGGUGACCGUCAACCCAUCCGGGAGCAAUCAGCCGCGUCCCAGCAGCAGCAGGCAACAAGCAAACCGCACACCCGGUUAUUCAAGCAACGCCUGCGAGAACAGCGGGCUUCCUCAGCUCUCCAUGCGGGACUUACAGUGUUUGGAUUCGGUUCCCCAGUCCCAAAUACUGAGCCAACCUCAGCCGUCCGCCAUGAGCCAGUCAGAGUCCCAGCCUGUGUUCCACCAGCAGCAGCUUGCCCCCGAGACUCAAGCUCAGAAUGUCUUGGGUUCCCAGAACCAAGGCCUGCAGACCAUGUGGUCCGGCUACGGCGCUCUCAAUACACCACAGAAUGCAUUCAGCGGAUCAGGGUCUGGAGGUGGAGGAGGGUCGCAGGGGCUAGGCUCCUUCUCCUUUAUCGAAGAGAUGGAAGGGGACGAUUUUCUCAAGGGCAUGGUUGGUGGUGGGGCUCAGACCGGCUUUCUUCUGAAGCAGGAGUCUCCGAUUACUGUCGGCCAAGAGAGCCAUGAUGCUUUAAUGCGGUCCCCGAGGGAAAGCCGAGGAAAUACUUACACCAACCUGGUUCCUCGUGCGAUGAGCAAUGGCACCAGCAUAGAUCCGAUGAGACAAGAGAGUGGCAGCGUCGCGCAGCCUCUUGGAAAUUUGCAGAAUCCUUAUGCAAACAACAACAUAGCUCCAGGAGGCCACUAUGCAACUGUGACCGACUGGCUCAAGUCAUCUCAGCAAAGCAACUGAAAGGAGGACCUUUCUGGUACCGUGAGUCAGUAGAUUCUGCCAGUGCUCCUGCAGCCAGGCUCGGCAGACCCGUCACUCUUAAAUGUUUGGAUCGUCAAGUGAAUCCAAAGACACCAUGCUCCAAUCUCAUGCAGUUGAUAAUUCGGCAGUUUCCUGCACAGAAGACAUCAAUGAGGAAUCUUCUCACAUUGUCGAACAUGGCGUCAUGGUGACUUUUCAUGACUCCUUCAAAUCCGUGUUUCACGGAUAGUGUCGCUGAGUCACAUGUCUUUAACUUCUUUGGUCGGACGUCCAAACUGAUGAGUAAAACUUCAACUCAAAUGAAAUCAGCUGGUUUCUCCAAGGUGGAAAAUCCAAACCUUGAGACGUAACAGUGGCUUUAUUGAACAGCGUUUUAUCUUAUAAUCAGUGAAUGUACUAUUUUUUAUGUCUUUUCUUGAGAUAUUCAUAACUGUCCACAUACUGCACAGCCAAUGUGUUUUUGCAGGGGUGAAUUUAUUUACCGAUAAACUGUAAAUACAGAAUGAGUGAUUGCUACUUUUUUUUUUUUUUUUAUUGAUCUCCUAAAGCUGUCAGGUGAAGAAUGUUACUGGAGUCUUGUUUUGCUGAGUUGUUUGUAAGUGCACUCUGUACAGACACGUUAGCCAAAGCUGAGAGUGAAAGCAACAGUGCUGAAACCCUCAUGAACUGGCACGGUACUGAAACUUCCAUUGAGGGAGUGGGUGGAGGCACGCCGAGUGGCGUCUUUCCCUUGUAAUGACUAUGUCAUACCGGCGAUUGCGUGUGUUAACUGGAGCUCUCAGAGGGUUUGCAUAUGCAGAUGUCAGCUUCAUGUUUUACUGUCUCCUUUUAUACGGUUUUCCUAAAGCGUCUUGCCCAGGGGCUGAUGGUUCAUGUCUGACAGUGGACCAACACUGUGUCAGACACUUUAUCACCUCUGGCCCUGCUUUGUCUAAAAAGAUUCUUUCCCUUUUUAACGAACUUUUAUACUUUGAUGACUACUUUGUAAAAUGCUGUUAUUUUCACAAGCUCGGCUCUUAAUAAACAGUCUGCUG